AUGUCAGCUGAGGAAACAGUACUCCUAAACCUGUUUGAUUCCUACUGGUUCGAAUAUGGAGUUUUCACAGCCAAACCCUCUUCGUCUAAGCUAAAAAACGCUCCAGUUCUUGGACAAAACCUGAAUCGGGUCAUAACCCUGAUGAGAAAAUCCCACAGCGACCAGUUCUUGAGCUCCAAAGACUGCAGCUCCGACUCUUCCCCGACAUCAGUGUUGGGGCCUCAGCUUCAGACCAUACUCUCAGGCAAAGAAGUUCGGAGUUCCCAAGAUUCGUCAUCACCACCACCACCAAGAAAGCAAGAACUCAUGAGUAGCGAUACUGCCAGCGUCGACAGCUCCCGCUCUCACACAGUACGACGUGUCUCCCGCACGAAACACGCGGGGUGUAGAAAGAUCAGGAGAAGUGGUAGCAGAAGUCUGUCGGAGCUCGAAUUUGAGGAAUUAAAAGGGUUUAUGGAUCUAGGGUUUGUGUUCUCGGACGAAGACAGGGAUUCAAGAUUGGUGUCGAUAAUUCCAGGGCUGCAGAGACUGGGGAAGAACGUGCAGGAGGAAUCGGGUAAGGAACGCGGGGAGGCGCCGUCGACGGCCGUCUCCAGGCCGUAUCUGUCUGAGGCGUGGGAGUGUUUGGAAGACGAGAAGAUAGUGAAGAAUAAUCCAUUGAUUGAUUGGAGAAUUCCAGCUUUUGGGAAUGAAACGGAACUGAAAGAUCAUCUCAGGUUCUGGGCUCACACUGUUGCUUCCGCUGUCAGAUGA